AUGGAGGAAGAUGAAGAAGUGAGGACGGAAACCACAAGUGCUUCUGUUGACUCAACAACCACACCACCAACAACCACAUCACUAACAUGCACAUACCAAACAAUCACACCACCACCAACCACACAAUAUGUAUGUUGGUCAGAAACAACAACACAACAGACAACCACACCACUAGUAUGUACAACGCAAACAUAUACAUCACCUACAACCACACCACUAACUACGCCACCUACAACUACAGAACCACCAUCUACGGCACCUACAACUACAACAACUGAAAUAAUAGAAGAGUACACUACAACAACUCCACCAACAACCACACCACCAACAACUACGCCACCUACAAGUGUAACAACUGAUAUAAUAGAAGAGUACACUUCAACACCACCAACAACCACACCACCAACAACUACGCCACCUACAAGUGUAACAACUGAUAUAAUAGAAGAGUACACUUCAACAACUCCACCAACAACCACACCACCAACGACCACACCACCAACAACUACGCCACCUACAAGUGUAACAACUGAUAUAAUAGAAGAAUACACUACAACAACUCCACCAACAACCACACCACCAACGACCACACCACCAACAACUACGCCACCUACAAGUGUAACAACUGAUAUAAUAGAAGAAAGAGUACACUUCAACAACUCACCAACAACCACACCACCAACGACCACACCACCAACAACUACGCCACCUACAAGUGUAACAACUGAUAUAAUAGAAGAGUACACUACAACAACUCCACCAACAACCACACCACCAACAACUACGCCACCUACAAGUGUAACAACUGAUAUAAUAGAAGAGUACACUACAACAACUCCACCAACAACCACACCACCAACAACUACGCCACCUACAAGUGCAACAACUGAAAUAAUAGAAGAGUACACUACAACAACUCCACCAACAACCACACCACCAACAACCACACCACCAACUACGCCACCUACAAGUGUAACAACUGAUAUAAUAGAAGAGUACACUACAACACCACCAACAACCACACCACCAACAACUACGCCACCUACAAGUGUAACAACUGAUAUAAUAGAAGAGUACACUUCAACAACUCCACCAACAACCACACCACCAACAACUACGCCACCUACAAGUGUAACAACUGAUAUAAUAGAAGAGUACACUACAACAACUCCACCAAACAACCACACCACCAAAACUACGCCACCUACAAGUGCACAACUGAAAUAA